CGUCGCGGCCUCUCCAGGUCCAGCCCGCUGUAGGCAGAGCCGAGCCCACUGAACAAGCGCCUGGAUCUAGACCGCUACCGCGAGUCCUCCUGCUGCCGCCAUGAGAACUACAACUCCCAGAAGGCGGCGCGGAGGCGGAGCCUGGCUUGUGAACGACUUCCGGACGCCGACGUCCGGUCCACUCGGGGAAGAGGAGGACGCGGGGACCAGAGGUAAGGCAGUGACCAUGACGAAAUUAGCGCAGUGGCUUUGGGGACUGGCGCUCCUGGGCUCCACCUGGGCGGCGCUGACCAUGGGAGCCCUGGGCUUGGAGCUGCCCUCGUCCUGCCGGGAGGUCCUGUGGCCACUGCCCGCCUAUUUGCUGGUGUCCGCCGGCUGCUAUGCUCUGGGCACUGUGGGCUAUCGCGUGGCCACUUUUCACGACUGCGAGGACGCCGCCCGCGAGCUGCAGAGCCAGAUCCAGGAGGCUAGAGCCGACUUAGCCCUCAGGGGACUGCGCUUCUGACUCCCUAACCCCAUUCCCGCCCGGGCAGCCCUCCCUUCCCUUCCUCAUUAAAGAGCAAGUUUAUUUUCUAA